AUGAGCGAUGACCCAACACCCUGGGACAACGCGACCGAGAGCGCCACGGUGAGUCCUGCCUGUCCCUCUCAGGAUGGGUACGUGCUGCUCCUCGCCCUGCUCUCCAUCUUCAUCGGGGGCACUCUGGUCCUGCUCUCGGGCAUCCUGAUCAUCUGCCGCCGCUGCUGCGAGGCCGACCGCCGGCACUCCAGAGCCAGCGAUGACCCCGAGAAAACCAACACCACGUACCUGGAUGACUCGCAGCAGGCGCAGGAUAUCACCGGCAAAGCAGAGGACCCUGAGUGCCUGUCGUCCUCCAGCUACCGGGAUGCAGAGAGCGAGCGGUUCCUGUCCUCCAGCUCCUCCACUGCCCGGCGCGUCUCCUUCAACGAGGCCGCGCUCUUUGAACAGGGCAAGAAGACCCAGGAGAAGGGGAGGAGGUACACACUGACAGAGGGGGACUUCCACCACCUGAAGAAUGCUCGCCUGACUCACCUGCACCUCCCACCGCCUGCCCUCAAGAUUGUCACCAUCCACGAGUGCGAGUCCAGCGAGAACAGCCUGGCCAUGACCCCCCGCCUGCCCCCACCCAAGCCCGGUCUCGCCAUCUUCCAGGUGAGCCCCCAGUUGCUCCCCAGCCAUGCCGUGGGCCCCAGCUCUGCCCUGCCUGGGGACACCUACAACUCCACUGUGGACACCAGCUUCACAGAGGCCAGCCCGUCUGCCUCCUCCGACUCCGGGGAGGGGCCUUCGUUCACAGCAGCACCCAGGAGUGGGAAGGCGGCUGGGGCAGGCAGUGCCGGCCCCGGGGAGCCCCCCCCGACCCCCCCCCAGGGCACCGUCCUGCAGUUCUUCACCCGCCUGCGCCGCCACGCCAGCCUGGACGGGGCCAGCCCCUACUUCAGGAUCAAGAAGUGGAAGCUGGAGAGCACCCAGCGGGCGUCCAGCCUGGACACCAGAGGGUCCCCCAAGCGUCGGCAGUUUCAGAGGCAGCGGGCGGCCAGCGAGAGCAUGGACCAGGAGGAUCGGGACCCCCAUCAGACCGACAUCAUCCAGUACAUUGCCCACACGGACGACGUGUCCUUCCACCCCGCGGGGGGCCCCUUCCUGCCCUCCCCCGCCAGCCCCCCACCCUCUCUCGGCAGGUAUUUUUCAGUAGAUAAGAGGGGACGGGGAUGGGUGAGCCGGGCACCGGGAAGGCUAGAGCCAGGCGAGGGGGGCGCGGGCAGCCCCGGCGAGCCCGGCGUGCCCGAGCAGCCCAGCGCCUACCACGACAUCUGGAGCCUGCGCGCCUCGCUGGAGCUGUACGCGGCCUCCGAGCGCAGCAACGACCAGGACUCGGUGCGCAGCGAUGGCGGGGACAGCGUGUCCUCCGCCAGCGGCGUGCCCCCCUGCCCCUCCCCUUCCCUGGACGAGGCUGAGGGUCCCGAGGAGAAGUUUUGGGGUCGGCCCAAGCCGGAGGAGUCGGAGCCCGGCACACGCAAGCUGCUGCAGAUGGACAGUGGCUACGCCUCCAUCGAGGCGCCCAGCCGGGGGGGCGAGGAAGGGCCCCCCAAGGACCAGACGGCCUCCGAGAAGCGCAUUUGCUUCACCAGCGCCGGGCGGAAAGGAACCAUCUUCGAGAGCUUCGAGGGCCGGGAGCCGGAGGAGGAGGAGGAAGAAGAUGAGGAAGAGGAGGAGGGGGGGAGCACGACCCUGGGCGCAGCGGGUGGGGGACACCUCCGUCCCCACAGCCCCCUGGCCUGGUCCCCGUACGGGCAAAUGUUCCCGGGGCGGGAAGGGCUGCCCCGGCGGGACUACAGCAUCGACGAGAAGACGGACGCGCUGUUCAACGCCUUCGUGCGCCAUGACCCCCAGUUCGACGAGUCCCCGCUGCGGGGGAAGCACCGCUCCCGCACCCACCUGCGCAAGCAGUGGCAGCACACGAAGCAGUUCAGCGACCCCGGCGUGCGGUACCCGGCGCUGGAAAGGCACCGGACGCCCCUGCGCCGCGGCGACAGCGCCAACUACCCCCUGGACUCCCGGUUCCACAGCCCCCUGCCCCGCAUCGUCAGCGCCGGCGACGAGGAGGCGGCCGAGGCGGCCGAUGGGGUCCCCCCUGCCCCGGCGCUGCCUGACCCUGAGAUCCAGGUGAUCGUGGAGGAGCCCGGAGAGGCAGCUCCCGAGCCCAAGGCUGGCUCCGAGCCCCCUGAGGACGAUGACUGCCCCGGCCCCGGGAGGUGCUUGGGGCUGAGCUCCGGCUCGGAGCUGAUGGACAAGAUCGCCGGCGGCCUGGAGGAGCGGCUCUAUGGGCACCUGAGGAAAGCGGCAGAGAGAGAGACCCCCGAGUGCACGGUGGCCGUGGCGGCCAGUGAUGCCCCCCCCGACCACGGCACGGUCUAG